AUGGAGAUUUUAACACAAGCCGAAAGAAAAAACAUAGAUAUUUAUUUACAACAAAAAAAUGAAGAUGAGAACUAUCUUCAAAGAGUUGAAGUUAAGGGAAAGAAGGCAAGGAAAUUAUUUUUUAUUAUAGGUAAUAACAGAGUUUUCUUUUUUAAAGUUGGUGGAAAGAUUGAAAUUGACUAUCAUUUCUUGGAUAUUUUAGAACUAAAGUCUGAUGGUAUUAAAGAGAUACAAUUGAAAUUUAGAAAUGAUGGUGGCAAAGAACCAUUAAUAUUUGGAUUGGAACAAGAAUCAGAUUCAGCAGAAAUUAUUUUAGCAAUUGAUUAUUUAUUUACAUUAAAUUUCCCAUCAAUGCAAAAUAACAGAUUAAAGAUUAUUGUACCAGAACCAAAAAGAACAGAAAUUUAUAGCUCACCAAAUGCAUUAAUCCCAGAGGUUGGAGUAUGUAAUGGCUUUACCCAAACUUACUUUUCAUUAUGCGAUUAUUUAAAUAUACAACCAAUUAGUGAAGUUUCUUGGCACAUUGAAAAUGUUAUUGGCGAUAAAAGUGAUAUUAAAGAUUUUGACUAUGGUUUCUUCUUCAAAAAAGAUAGAAUUAUUACCAUUGAUGCUAAACCAAUUAUGCAAGCUUUGACAAUUAACAAAUACUUUACCUCAUUUUCAGUAAACAAUAUAAAGUUAUCAAACGAAUGUAUUCAAUCAAUUAUUCAACUAGUUUCACAAAAUACAUGUUUUGAAAAAAUAUGUUUAAAUGGAAUUGGUUUAGAUAGAUCUGCAACUGAAAAAUUAAUAGAAUCAUUCAAUACAAAUAAAGCAUUAAAACUUAAGGAGUUAGAUCUUGGUAAUAAUAAUAUUGAAGAUAAAGGCAUGACAUUAUUAUCAGAAUAUUUAAAAACAACACAUUGGGAAUUAUCAACAUUAAUUCUAAAUAACUGCUCAGCAGGUAGAUCAGCAAUGGCACAUUUAGGUGAUGCAAUUACAUUCAAUGAAAACAUUCUCAGAAAUUUAAAAUAUUUAGAUGUUGCUUCAAAUAGAUUGGAAAGUGAUGGCUCGGUAGCAUUUUCAAAAUUAUUAGAAAGAUCAAAAACCCUUCAAACCUUUUUAAUUUCUAAUUGUAACCCCCAGUUCCACCAAUGGACCAAAGUAUGCAUUUCAUUGAACAAGUUUGAUAACAGUGGUAAUAGAAUCACCCGUAAAGAUAACAUCCAUAGAGAUAUGAUUAGUUUUUUAAAUCACUCAAUUUAUCUCAAUAAUUUAAAUCUUUCAAAGUGUCAAAUUCCAGUAGAAGCUGUUGCAGAUAUUUUUGGAGAGGGAAACCUUGUCAAAAUGGAAACUCUCAAUGUCUCAGAUAAUGAUUUAGGUGAUGAAGGCAUCUCUACUCUUUGUGAUUUAAUGGCCAACCAUCCAUCGAUUAGAUCACUCAACAUCUCUGGCAAUUUUAAUAGAAGAAGCAAAAAUAGAACAAAUGCAAUCGAAUCAAUUAUUAACAUGUUGGAAAAGAAAUCAAAGACCCAUAACUCUAUUCGUUCACUCUCUAUCCAAGGUUCGGGCAAAUCCCAAUUAAAGGGUGAUCUUCUUCCUAUUGUUUGCUCUAUCUUUUAUAAUGGAUCAUUAAAAGAGUUGGAUAUAAGUGGUCAUUCUAGUGGUGAUAUUUUUGCAGCCUCAGUCGGUAAACUUUUACAAUGUAAUGCUGGUUUAGAAACUCUUUAUUUAGAUGACAACUCAAUUACUAGUCGUGGUUUACAACUAAUUAAGUUUGGUUUAGCUAGAAACUCUACUCUCACACGUUUACCUUUACCAAUUAAAGAUAUUGCCUCCGCAUUAAAAGCUGAUGCCACACCGGUUAAUCUUCAAAAGAUAACUGAAGUAUCUACCGAAAUUCAACAAAUCAUUUUAGAUAACUACACAAAUAGAACUAUUCAAUCAAAUACAUCCCUUAGAGAUUCUCAACCAAAACAAAUUUUAACUAAAUCAAGAGCUUCCUCAACACCAAUUGUAAAUGAUCCAAAAGCUACAGUCGCUACAUGUGCUGGCCUAAAAUCAUUUAUUUCAAUUGAUACUGAAGUUAAUGAACCAUUGGCAAAUGCUAAUUUAAUUGUAAAUUAA